CCAGGCGGCGAUUGCGUAAUCAACAUGUGUUGAUUGGUGGUGAAAGCAAAAUCGCCUUUUGGAAUUCUAUUCAGCGUCACUCACUGAGGAAAAGAUGUUACGAGGAGCCAUCUCUGCGUAUGGGUCACGCACAAUACGAAACAGGCAUCUGAGGUCAAGAUUGUCCAACUACAAAAGUGAUUGCAGGAGAUGCUCUUCUGCUGUAAGUAAAGCCCAGGAAAGAGUGAAGAUAUACCAACCAGGAGACAGGGUCCACGGUUUUUCAGUUGAAAAGGUAGUUCCAGUUCCUGAAUUGUACCUGACGGCUGUCCAGUUACGGCAUGACAAGACUAAUGCUCAGUAUCUACAUGUGGCUAGAGAAGAUACAAACAAUGUUUUCAGUGUUGGGUUUCGGACCACACCAAUGGAUAGCACGGGCGUAUCUCACAUCCUAGAGCAUACAGUCCUGUGUGGCUCACAGGACUACCCAGUGAGAGACCCGUUCUUUAAGAUGCUCAAUAGAUCACUAUCUACGUUUAUGAAUGCAUGGACAGCUAGUGACUAUACGAUGUACCCCUUCUCGACUCAGAAUGCCAAAGAUUUUGAGAAUCUUCUUUCUGUCUACCUUGAUGCUGCAUUCUUCCCAAGAUUGAGGCAACUUGACUUCAUGCAGGAAGGUUGGCGAUUGGAACAUGAGGUGACAGAGGACCAAUCUUCACCUAUUGUGUUUAAGGGAGUUGUCUUUAACGAAAUGAAAGGUGCCAUGUCAAGUCCUGAUCAGCUGUUUGCCCACAGUCUACAGAGUAGGCUCCUCCCAUCUCAUACAUAUUCACACAAUAGUGGAGGUGAACCAAUCAGGAUCCCCGAUCUAACCUGGGAUCAACUCAAACAUUUUCAUGCUACCCACUACCAUCCAAGCAACUCCAGGUUCUAUACUUACGGUGAUCUUCCCCUUGAGCGCCAUCUAGAGCUGAUUGAACAGAAGGCACUGUCCCGCUUUGAACGUCUGCAGCCACAUACGGAAGUACCGAAUGAAACGAGAUGGACUAGUCCACGUGAACAUACUGUUUACUGCCCUUCAGAUCCUAUGGCACCUGAUCAAAAUAAACAGACCACUUUGACAGCAAGCUUCGUCAUCAAAGAUGUUACUGAUGCAGAGGAAUUAGUGUUUGGUCAGAUUCUUGGCUCCCUCCUGGUAGAUGGUCCAACGGCACCCUUCUAUCACUCUCUCAUAGGAUCUAGUAUUGGGUCUGAUUAUGCUCCAUGUAUUGGGUACAGCAGUCAAACUAGAGACUCAACAUUCAGUAUUGGCCUUCGAGGAUUAGCUGAAGAAGAUGUGGACAAAGUAAAAAAGAUCAUUGAAGACACCAUAGCAAAAGUUAUCAGGAAGGGGUUUGAAGCUGAAAGAAUUGAGGCCAUCCUUCAUAAGAUAGAGCUCUCUAACAAACAUCAAUCCACUCAUUUUGGCCUUGGUGUAGCUGCUGCUGUCAUGCCGAGUUGGAACCAUGGCAAUGACCCAUCAACCAACCUGAAGGUCAAUCAGCUUGUUGAUAGCUUCAAAGCCAAGAUGGCCGCUGACCCCAACUACCUGCAGUCAAAGGUCAAGGAAUACUUCCAGGACAACCAGCAUAAACUGUGGCUUACCAUGAAACCCAAGGAGGAUUAUGUGGAGGAACAGGAGAGGGAGGAGAAAGAAAAACUGGAUGGGAUGGUUGCAAGAUUAACAGAGGCUGACAAGAAGGAUAUAUACGACAGAGGCUUAGAAUUGGCUGAAGAACAGAAGAGAGAAGAAGACAUAACCUGCCUACCAAGCUUGAAGAUCAGUGACAUCGAUGCAAAGGUCAAAAGAACUGCUGUUGAAUUGAGGAAUAUAGGUGGUGUUCACACGCAGUUCUGUGAGCAGCCAAUCAAUGGGAUUACGUACUUUCGGGCCCUGUUCACACCCGACAACAUUCCUGAUAACCUCCAAAUCUACCUGCCUCUCUUCUGCAAUGUCAUCACAAAGAUGGGUGCAGGAGAGCUAGAUUUUAUUGAGUUUGCUCAGAAGGAAGAAUUGAAGACUGGCGGAAUCACAACAUCAAGACACAUAGCUCAAUAUCACAGUGAUAUCAUGCAGUAUGAACAGGGGAUCAGCCUAUUCUCUUUCUGUUUGGACAGGAAUUUGCCAGAUAUGUUCGAUCUUCUUCUCAAAGUAUUCACAAGCCCAAGGCUGAAUGACCUGGAUCGUUUGGCUACUUUGGUACGGAUGGAAGCAGCGGAAAUAGCCAACUCUAUCACACACAUGGGACAUGCCUUUGCCAUGAAACGAGCUGGUAGUAGUCUGUCGCCCUCUGGCAGGCUCCAUGAGAUAGCAGGAGGAAUGACCCAGGUGUCAUUUUUAAAAGGACUCGCUGAGUCCGAGAACCUGGAUCCAGUAUUAGCCAACCUUCGCACUAUCGCAUCUUUAGUACUCAACAAGACCAACAUGAGGUGUGCAUUGAACUCUAGCCCUGAAGGUAUGGAUGAAGCAACCAAUCAGCUGAUGAGAUUCCUAGAUAGCCUACCAGGAUCACCUAUAGGGGAUAACUUACAUUUAACCGAGGUAUCUGACUUCAGUCCUUUAGAAGAAAGAACACAUUAUGAACUCCCUUUCCCUGUUAAUUACAUGAGCCAUGCAGUAUGUGGAGUGCCUUAUACACACCAAGAUUUCCCAAAGUUGAGGGUUCUUGCCCGUUUGAUGUCUGCCAAAUACCUCCAUAGAGAAAUCAGGGAGAAGGGAGGAGCAUAUGGAGGCGGAGCAUCGAUGGGUACGGAAGGAGCUUUCAAAUUUUACUCAUACAGGGACCCCAACACAGUGGAUACAAUGUCAGCCUUUGAAUCAUCCGUCCAAUGGGCCAUAGAUGGCAAGUUUACCCAACAAGACAUCGAUGAAGCUAAGCUUUCAGUCUUCUCAGUGGUGGAUGGUCCACUGUCGCCAUCAGAAAAGGGUGUAACUCUCUUCACCACAGGCAUCAAUGAUGUUAUCAAGCAGGCCCAUAGGGAUGCACUCUUUGCUGUCACCAAAGAUGAUCUCAAAGAUGUUGCAGAAAGGUAUUUGUUGGCCGGUAAGAGGUCCAAUGCCUCUGCUCUGCUAGGACCAACUACCUCCAUGACAAGUCAGGGAUGGAGUAUACUUAAAGAGUGAGUUAUCAUUCCUUGGAGUGGAAGCUUUCACAUCCAAGGCAAAGAGCGAGUUAUCAAUUCUCAGACUGAUAGCUUUCCUAUCUGAGGAAAUAUGAAAUUAAUGCGGAUUUCCGGAGCCCAAGGAUGCCAUAUUGAUUGACCCUGUUACCAUAAUGAUGAGACAGUAAUGUAUUAUACCCAGAGUAAGUUAUCAUCUCUCAGAAAGAAAGCUUUCGUAUCUGAGGAAAUAUGAAAUUCAGGAGGAUUUCUGGACAUCCAGAAUGCCAUCUUGAUUUACCCUGUUAUCAUGAUAUGAAAUGGAUUUUACUCUAGAGUGAGUUAACAUUUGGAGUGGAAGCUUUCAUAUCUGAGCAAAUCUUAAAUUGAUUAAGAAUCUGAUAAGGAUUUCUGGACCUUCAAGACACCAUAUUGUUUGACCCUGUUACCAUAAUGAUAAGAAAAUCAUGGAUUAUACCCAAAGUGAGUUAUCAAUUCUUGGAGAGGAAGCCUUUGUAUCUAAGGAAAUCUUAAAUUGAUGAAGGUUUUUGGAGCUCAAGGACGCCAUAUUGAUUGACCCUGUUACCAUAAUGACAAGACAGUCAUGGAUUAUUCCCAAUGAGUGAAUUAUCACUCCUUGGGGUGGAGGCUUUCAUAUCUAAGCAAAUCUGUAAUUGAUGACGAUUUUCGAAGCUUCAGGAUGCCAAUUUGAUUAAACCUCUUACCAUUAUGAUAAGUCAGGGAUGAAAUGUACUGAAGCAGUGAGUUAUUGAUUAGGAGCGGAGGCUACUAUUCCUGAGGGAAUAUCAUAUUAAUUGGCAUUCCACAUGCUGUAAUCAUCAAAAUGUGAAGGAAACAAGAUCAAAAACACUUUUUCAAGAGAGAGGAAUGAACAUCUUGAUAGGUAUUUCUGAGAAUAUUAGCUCCAUUCCAUUCUCUAUGGAAAAAUUAGCUGACAAGUAUCUGUCUAAAAUAGAAUGUCACAAUCCUCUCUCUUUUUGUAGGGAUAUGAUGUCAUCUUAUUUAGAUUCCAUUCUUUAUAAUAAAAUUGCAUAUUUCAUAUCAAUCUUCAUAAUCAAAUCAUAUUUAUUUUUCAAUCAAAUUGAUAUUCAAUUUUUUCAUACAUAUGAAAUCCAAUCUUUCAAUGCCAAGUAGAAUUUGAUCAGUUGAAUUUCUAUCUUUCCAACCAAAUUGGAUUCCAGUUAGUUGGAUUUCAAUCUUUUUUCAAAAAUUAUGAUGCCCAACAGUGUGGUUUCUAUCUUCUCAGUUAAAAUCAAUCCUAAGCAAUUGAUUUACGUAUCAUUUAAUUUCAUCUUUAUUUCACAAGCGAAUUAAGAAGGCUCUUUAAAGAAACAUAAAUACAGUAUAAACAGUUAUGAAAGACAGACAAUAUCCAAGAUUUGCUUUAUAUGUCUUCAUUCAGGAUAUUUUAUCGAUCAGUGGCUCAGCAGCCAAUCACAAUCCAGGACUCCCUGGUAGUUACGAUGAUGAUAUGACAAACUAAAAAUAACAAACUCUGUAAGGAAUGUGAGCUCCGAUAUCUUGCCUAUCAUUUUGAAUACAUGCAUGUCAUCUUUCAUUUUCGACAUUUCACAUAAAGUGAAAAAGAAUAAAGCUACUUUUUGGUGUCAAUAAUAGCAAUGACAGAGAGUUGAAGACUGGUAAUAUUACAUGUAGUUCAAUAAGAGUGGUAGGAAAUGUAUGUGUAGAAUUAAUGACUAUGCAUCUUUAUCAGGACAUGAAUUUGGUACUGAAACCUGGGGAGAUUUCCUUCAACAUUUUUGUCCGACAAGUUGUCAGAUCUUCUCUUGAUUUGGCUGAGAGGCAUUGCUACUAUCAUGGUAUUACUGUCAGAUAAAACAGGACUUUCAUGAAAUGCUCACCAGAACCUCUCACUCUCCCAUGCAUUGUCAAUUAGGAGAAGAGGAUCAGGAGCCCGAUUUAUAGCGUCGCACAACUAUGGUAACUAUUGUUACUACCGUGGAAUCCUUCAUUGUGAUUGACUGAUGGGUCCUGUUACCAAGGUUGUUGCCAUAAAGGCACAGUUACCAUGACUAGCUGUCAAUGAAGCAGGUCCCCAAAACUGUAACCUUUCCAAGCUAUUGGUUAGUGGUUACAUAACUUUGCCCCUCUCUGUACUGAGUACAUGUACACACAGAUGAAAUAUGAAUAGCAGCCAUUGUGUGGUCAUUUUUCUGCUGAAAUGUGGUAUCUUCGUAAGCUAUGAAAUAUAAAAUUAUUGUAUGAAUUCACAGUUCUUUCAAGUACACAAAUAUAUAUUAUCAUAUAAGAUAUGAUACAUUCAUAAAUCAUUCAUAAAUUUUUGUGGAAUUUCAUUUGU